UCAAUCCGACCUGUUUAGGUUGCUAUAACAACGCUCAAACACACCCAGAAAAACCACGCGUUUUUGAAACAUCCCGACAUGGAUAUAAACAUUUGAAAUGCCGAUGGAGUUCCAUUCAUAAGCCCGAUAUUUUGUCUCCUUUUGUGCUAUCUUUUUACUAAUGUUGGAGAUGUGAGAAGUUUCAAACGAUAAUUUUUUAUUCGAUUAAACCAAAUCAAAGGUUAAUUGAGCGUCCAAUUCAUGACUUCUAGUUGUUCGACAAGUAAAAGAAGAAUCAUUGCGGAACAACUUUCUUUUUCUUUUUAUUCUCUUUAUUUUACUUUUUUUUUACGCUUGGCCCAAGGACAUGCGUUCCGCAUGGCAUAAUCAAGUUGAAAGCCAAGUUCACCGACUGUGCAAUUUUAUUUGUUGUUGCCAGAAAACCACCUGAUAAUCGAAAUUAUGGUUCAUAAUUCACAAUGUUUGAAAAAUUUCGUAUUAUGAAUUGGCAGCUGAGAGAAUGAAUUGUAAACAAGCUGUACCAUGUGAAGUUCAGACGAUAUGCAGAAAUGAUAAAUCUCACUAUCGAUAAGUUGCUCCUGGCUGUGGAAUUAGAAUGGAAAUGUUUCCCAACGUGAAAAGAAUAUCAAAGCGUUCCUUUCUGUGCCUUUAUUUUACGUGUGCUAUGUUCAUAGUAUGUGUUUUCUACACAUUUUAUACGGAAACAUAUACACAACUUUCAGGCAAUCCUGUUCGGGACACUAGUUUUGAAACUGUGAAUGAAAAGUCAACCAAGCCUUAUCUGCUGAACCAAAAGCAAAGUCAAAGCAUUCCACCCUUAGCGUCUUACACAUCAAGCCAUAGAAAUUCUUCUAAAAACACUCAACAUUCCAAUGAUACCACCACUUCUAAAACGAUAUCUUUGAGACAUUCUAAGAUCGAAACAAAAUAUAUUUUUGUAACGAGUUCUCCAUCUAGUAGCAAUACAACAGCUAAACUUUCUACUGUUUUACGAACAACUCCCGUCCUCAAGGUUGUAGAUACUUGUCAAAUGUAUACUAUGAGAGAUCCCAAAGUUAUACUUUUAUGGACGCCAUUUUUUCAGGAAUGGGACUAUCUUCUGCAGAAAAGGAUAAACGAUUGUCAGAGGUGUAGAAAUUGUCUAAUAACACGUGAUAGAACUAAACUUGGUGAAAGUGAUGCUGUGGUGUUCCAUGCCCGGGACAUGUCAUUAUCUGAUUUGCCAACCAUACGCUAUCCACACCAACGGUGGAUUUUCUUUUGCUUAGAAUCUCCGCCAUAUUCAGAUUUUCCUGGUAUGGAACAUAUGGUUAAUAUGUUUAAUUGGACUAUGACUUAUCGAAGUGAUUCGGAUAUCAUUUCCCAAUAUGGAAAAUUUAUUAGAGUCCGUCCUUCAAAGAAGUUAGAUCUGCAAUCCCUUCAAUGGGCUUUUUCCAACAAGACAAAAUCAGUAGUGUGGAUGAGUAGCCAUUGUCCAACACAUGGAGGUCGUGAUGACUAUGUCCAGGAACUCCGCAAAUAUAUCGAUGUUGACGUCUUCGGUAAGUGCGGAGACUCAGUGUGUCCUCCCGGCAAAACAGAGAGCUGUCUGCAAGACUUCUCUUCAAAGUACAAAUUUUUCUUGGCUUUCGAGAACACUAUUUGCAAGGACUACGUGACUGAGAAGUUUUUCAGGACUAUGGAAUACAAUAUGAUUCCCGUCGUCUUUGGCGGUGCUCCGUACUCGAAGUUGGCGCCACCUGCUUCUUUCAUAGAUGCUUUGAGCUUCAAAUCGCCGAAACAUUUGGCAUUCUUCUUGGCUGGUGUUGGCAAAGAUUUUAAAAUAUGGAGCACUUAUUUUCGAUGGCGACAAGAUUAUGCUAUUGAUAUGAAGAAUCAUAGAGAAUGCGAUUUAUGUUCACUUCUGCACAAAAACACAAAGCCAUCGUCAUAUGAAAACUUUCGAGAAUGGUGGGUGAAAAGCGCCAACUGCAAAACGUGGGAGCCAAAAAGUUGAGUGAAUAAAACAAAGCAUCUAUAAUUCCAUGGAGCAUAUCUCAAGCUAAUGUUUUUUUGUGUGAUACUUUAGCCAGUGUUAGUACUAAAUUUAUGCUAACAUUUGCUAACCUUUUAAACUACCUCCAAAAAUAAUUUUUUUUAUUACUUUUCAAUUCGUUUUAUACACCGUUGCAAGUUUAGAAAAGACCAUUACCGAAAAGAAUUUAAGUAAUCAUCCGCGAUUGCAUAUAGUUCCCUUUUUAUAUAGUUAUCAAGUUAUAUAAUUAUGCUUUCAAAACAAAAGCUUUUAAAAGUUAACUUGAAUUCGUUCUAUUUUUUAUAAGCAAAAGGAAGGCCGUGCUAAGUAGUUUUAAAAGUUGUCUAUGGCGAUAUUCGUUCGCACUUGGAGCUUGAUAUUUGUUAAGCAUGCACUCUAUUUAGCGUGUAAACAGGCUCUCAAUAGAGAUAAUGGUUUUUCGUCAACUUGCAACAGAAUAUAAUAGGUAUAAUGUAAGACAUAAAACAAAAAUUUAUUUUAACUUUUAAUUUCCUAUUUUAAAACAGAAACAAAAAUUAGAUUUGAAGCAAAUAAUUCGUCAAAAAACUUAAAUUAAAAUUGAAAAUUACUUACCAAACAAAUAACGAUUACUAUUUAUACUUUACUUUUUAUUCCAUACUAUUACUUAAUAAUGUCUUUUACGUGUUUUAUUAAUGUCUAUGCAUCAGUAUAUAGUUUCUUCUUUUACGACCUCUCAUUUCGUAUUAAAUAUGUACUGUAGUUCAGUUUUUAACUAUUUUAGUUCUAAAAACUGAGAAUUUGCUAACUUAAUCAUUUGUAAUGCAACCACUAGAAAACGAAUUUACAUAAAACAAUUUUUUCUAUCAUCUGAUUCAAAUUUGAUAUAGAUGUCACAAAUUAUUUAUUUUAUUCAUAUUUUUUAAUGAUUAAUUUAUUUUAAAGGUUUCAUCUUGUUAUACUAUUAAUAAGUUUUAGCCUUAAUUCCUUAAAAUGAGCUAUACGGUACUUUAUAUAUAUAUAUGUAAAUAAAUCAUUACUUUACGUCUA